AUGUUCACGCCAGUCUCCGCGAGCAUCUGUGGGGUGUGGGCAAUGGAAGGAGGCCAGAGGGACAAGCCACAGAGCCGGGUGCUGACCGGCCAAGAGCGUGUCCUGGACCUGACCUCCUCGGGAGAUGGCGUGAGGCUAGAGAGACAAAGAUGGAGAAGCGGCAGCCCUUCUGUGGGCAAGAGCCUGGAGCAGAGCAUCCGCUCGCUCCAGAAAGGCCAGCAGGGCUCCCCACCCCUACUCCUGUGCCAGGCGCAGCUAGGAGCGGCCGCUCAUGCCCAGGCCACGGCUGCGGCGCCUGCUGGGGCCCGGCGGGCGAGGCGGGCGCGGGAGAGGCCCCGGAGGACCGCGGCAGGCGGCUGCGUGCCCAGGCGGCAGCCCCUCGCCAGCGCCGGUUGCGCCGCGGCUCCGGACGCCAGGCUGGCUCCCGGCGAGCGGCACGCGCGCUGCUCCGGCCGCGUCCCGGGCGCGGGGCGCGCGCGCAGGCGGGGAGGGCGCGCGCCCGAGCCGAGCGAGAAGCGCGCCGCCGACCCCGCGCGCGGCGUCGUCGGGGGCUGCGGGGAGCGGCCUGGGAGCUGUCCCUGGUGCUGA